AUGGCUAACGUUAUUGGUGUUACGUCAUGUUCAUGUGAUUAAUAUUGACCAAUCAAACGUAAGAAGCAUUCUCGUAAUGAGCAGAAGGGAAAGUACUUUCCAGGAAUUUCGUAUCCGUAUUUUACUCGACGUACUUAAAUAAUUCAUUGGUGGAUCACAUUUUUGUUUUAAAUGAGUAACUUAUUUUAAACAGUAAUUGGGAUUUACAUUUGAUAUUUUUCAAUUGAGGUGAUUCAUUAUUUACUUUAUUAUUGGAAAAGCUAUACGAACCAGUCAUGGAUAAUCUCUCUCUCAAUGACCACUUUAUUAAUACUUUCAUCCAAGGACAAGAAAAUUGUAUACACAACGCUAAUGAUUCCACUGUAAAUCUUUUGACCACUUUUUCUACUGACUGUUUAGUUUCAAAUGAUGACCAACAUUUGACAACAUUAGUACCAGCCCCAAAAGUGAUGCCAACACAAAAACCUGCUGCAAGUGUAAUUCCAGAUGACAAACCCUAUGUUAUCAUUGUUGAUCAGCCAAAAACUCAUGGUUUCCGUUUUCGGUAUCAGUGUGAAGGACGGUCUGCUGGCAGCAUUCCUGGAGAGAAAAGUACAAAUGAGAAAAAGUCAUAUCCUACAAUAAAGAUUUGCAAUUACAAAGGUCCUGCUGUUGUAAUUGUGUCAUGUGUCACCAAAGAUGAUCCACCAAAACCUCAUCCUCACUCCCUUGUGGGCAAAGAUUGCAAAAAAGGAGUCUGUACUGUGAAGUGUUCUGUCUCAGAUACCAUUUCUUUUCAAAAUCUUGGAAUUCAAUGUGUCAAAAAGAAAGAAGUUGCUGAUGCUCUGAAAACACGACAAGAAAUUAAUGUAGACCCAUUUAAAACUGGAUUUGAUCAUGCGCACAAUUUAAAUAUCGAUUUUAGUGUUAUUCGUCUUUGUUUCCAAACAUUUAUACAAGAUGCUCAAGGUCAAUACAGAAUCCCAUUGAAUGCUGUCGUCUCCCAACCAAUCAUUGACAAAAAAACUCAAAAUGAGUUGUCCAUUGUUAGAAUGGACAAAUGUUCAGGACGAGCUUGUGGACGUGAUGAAGUGUUUUUACUCUGUGAAAAAGUUGCAAAAGAUAACAUAAAAGUACGCUUCUUUGAAGAAGACUCUACUUGGGAAGCUCAUGGAGAAUUUAAUCCAUCAGAUGUCCACCAUCAAUACGCUAUUGUAUUCAAAACACCACCCUAUAGGAAUAUCAGAAUUACAAAAGACGUGACUGUAUUACUACAGUUAGUUCGACCUUCAGAUUUUGCAUAUAGUAAUCCAAUCAAGUUCACCUACCAACCAGAAGAUCCUGAUCCAGACAGGAUUGAAGAGAAGAGGAAGCGAAAAGUCCACACAGCAUGUGCUACAGAUGCGCAAACUAUUAGCAAAAAUGAUCUAAAAAACCGUCUUCGCUUGCGAGCAAUUCGAGGAGGCAAAAGUGAACUAAUGCCACACAUUUCAAACUAUGAUAUGAAACUUGAAGACCCCAGUAACUUGAACUGUGUAAUGCCUUCUAACCCUAUUCAACAUGAAGUACCAACAUUUCCACCCACUGAUUUAUUUCCAAUAGAGUCAACUUUUGAUAAUUCUAAUACUAUAUUGAAAGCUUUGGAGUUAUCUCAUGCAGAAGAUAUUGGAUUUUUAUCAGAAGACACAUUCAGUAAAUAUCUAUCAGAUUUAAGUUCAACCAACAACACUUUUCCUAAUAUAACAGAAACACAUGACAUUCCUCUUGAAUCAUUACAAUUUUAUCAAGAAUAAAUUUUAUGUUGAUUCUUCAAGCAGUAUAUUACAAUGUGUUGGACACAAUAUUCCAAGGCUUGAUGGCAUUUACAAUAUUAUCAUGGCAUUUAUAGAAAAUAUAUAUUUUUAUUAUCUGUUAUAUUUUCUUAAGUUCAUCAUCAAUGAAGAAUGUUGUUUUCUACAAAUGAAAUUCACUUUGUUGGUGUUUCUAGUGGUAACUAUCAUAAAGAAAUAUGACCAUUUUUGAGAUUCUUCCCAGGAAUAUAUUAACAAACACCAUUUUUUUUUUCAUUACUCUGCUCUUACAUUUCUUCCCAAUGAAGUUGUCUUUUAAUUAAUUUUACUUUUACAAUUAAAGCUGAUACUGUAGUGUUAAGAAUUUCCAACAAAAUUUGUGAAAAGAAUCCUUUUAUUUGUAAAUUACCAUUGAUGAUAUAAUUGUAAAAUCUUUCUCUCUUAGAUAUUAUGAUAAAAAAAGUUGUUACAUUUUCGCUUUAAGUAGAAAAAGAUGCCAUCGUUGUUAUUUAGAUGUUCCAUUUGGCAUUGUUUAAGAAUAUAUUAGGCACAAAAAUGUGUGAUUGAUUUUUAAAACAAAACUUUACACUAUGUAUUUUAUGAACAAUAAUGGUAUUGGCUCUAAGUUUUCAGCAGAUCAAUCACUGUUUCAGGCAUUUCUUAUGGCAAAAGUGAUGAGAGAGUGAUUGUGUAACUCAGGUGGAAUAAAUACUGCAAGGUAUUUUUGUUAGAAAGCUGCAGCAACUUUAUCAGCUUCUUGCUGAUAGACAUCAGUGAAACACACACACACACACACACACACACACACACACACACACAUAAAUCUUUCCAUCAACUUCCUAGAUGUGACCACUCUAUUUUACAAAAAGGUAUGUCUUAAAUUUUAUAAGUGAAAGUGCAUUUUUGGUGGCUCUAGACAUUCCUUUGUCUACAGCUUGAGCAACUAUGUAGAAGUUCCUUUACCUACUUGUGAAAUACCUUUGUUACACCUAAACUGGCUUUCCUUAUUUUCUAAUCACAAACCAUUUAUGAAACUUAGAAUGGGAUUGAUAGGAUUAAGAGAGAGGUUACCAUGAAUGCUAACUGUUUAGUAGUAUUGAUCUAAAAAAGAUUUUUUUAUUCUUUUACACGUUUCAGUCAUUUGACUGCAGCCAUGCUGGAGCACUGCCUUAAAGUAUUUUAGUUGAAGAAAUCAACCCCAGGAUUUAUUCUUUGUAAGCCUAACACUUAUUCUGUCAGUCUCUUUUGCUGAAUUGCUAAGUAACUGGGAUAUAAACAUACCAACAUCAGUUGUCAAGCAAUGGUGGGGAGACAAACAAAGACACACACACCGAAAUAUAUACAUUAAAUUUAUAUAUAUAUAUUUAUACAUAUAUAUAUUUGUAUAUAUACAUAUACAUAUCUAUAAAUAAUAUGGGUAGCUUAUUUGCAAUUUUACAACCUAAAAACAGAAAUAUAGAUGUCACUAAAGCGACAAAGGGCACUAAUCAGCACCAGUAUUGCUAGAAAUAAGAGUCAAAAACAGCUCAAUAGCCAUAAAAAGCACUAUUGACUGACAAGGGAGGUAAGUUCCCUACAACAGUGGACGUAGCUAGUUCAUCAAUGAUUUCACAUUUUAAUGCUUGUCCAAUGGCUCUCACCACACUUAUUUAUAUAUAUAUAUAUGCAUAAACACACACACACACACACACACACACACACAUAUAUAUAUAUAUAUAUAUAUACGAUGGGCUUCUUUCAGUUUCUAUCUACCAAAUCCACUCACAAGGCUUUGUUCGGCUCGAAGCUAUAGCAGAAGACACUUGUUCAAGGUGCCAUGCAGUGGGACUGAACAGGAACCAAGUGGUUGAGAAGCAAGCUUCUUACCACAGAGACACACCUCAAUACCAAAUGAUUGACUUGCACUGUCAAACGUGUAUUAUGAUGAAUAUUUGACCAGUCAGGUUUGUAUAUAAAAAUAUAGAAUGACUUUGGUGAAAAUCACAUGUGACUGUUUGGUAAAAAAUAUAUUAAAUCCUAGUAAGAGCAGAUGUAAACUGAUGGGAAUAAAUAAAGAAUAAAUGGUUUCAACAGAAGAUUGAUGUCUUGACAACAAAGGAAAACAGAUUUUAAAAUGAUGAUAUUGUUAUUCAAUGGCUUUAUUGAAAUUGUACAUAAUUGUUUUUUUUUUAUAUAUCUGUUCAGUCUUAGAGAUUAGAAAACAUGAAAUAAAGACAUUAUCAAACCCUCUUCUCAUCUCUCUCUUUCUCUCUCUCUCUCUCUUUCUCUCUCUCUCUCUCUCUCUUUCUCUCUCUCUCUCUCUCUCUCUCUCUCUCUCUCUCUCUCUCUCUCUCUCUCUCUCUCUCUCUCUCUCUCUCUCUCUCUCUCUCUCUCUCUCUCUCUAUCUUCUGUUUCCUCUCUAUUUACUUCACUCUCGUUACGUUUUCUUCUUCCUCCGUCCUAACUAUUUCAUGUUUUAAAUCAUUUAUGGAUGCAUGUAACUUUUAUUCUCUACAAAUUACUCUCUAUACACAACUACUAACCUUUCUACACUAACCAUGUUGAAAUUUUCACUUGCAAAACAUUGGUGAAGAGUAAAAAUCCAAUAUUUGUUA